AUGCUGCGUAUCAAGGAUCCAAGGAAAACUUUACCGUUCUACACAAAUGUCCUUGGCAUGAGACUGUUGAAACAAAUGGAUUUUCAAGAUGGAGAAUUCUCAUUGUUCUUCAUGGGCUACAAGGAAGCAAAUGAAAUUCCAUCAAACGACAAGGAAAGACAUUAUUUUGCUCUUAGCACUCAUUCAACAAUUGAAUUGACACAUAAUUGGGGCACCGAAAACGAUCCAGAAUUUUCCUACCACAACGGAAACAAAGAUCCCCGCGGUUAUGGUCAUAUUGGAAUUGUGGUUCCUAAUGUUGAUGAGGCAUGUGAGCGCUUUGAGAAGCUUGGCGUCAAAUUCAUCAAAAAGCCAAACGAUGGUCGAAUGAAAGGACUUGCUUUUAUUCAGGAUCCAGACGGGUAUUGGAUCGAGAUUUUUCACCCUGGGAACGUU